UAUGGAAAAAGCAUUGGCUUACCAGUCUUUCUUUUAUAUAGUCUUUGUAUUGGUGUUUUGGAAGAUGGCUGACGUAGGUUCUGGUAUUGUAAACAAAAAUGAUAAUACCGAUUAUAGCAGUGAAAAUGAAGAUGAUAAAAAGUACGCUGAAAAUUUAAAUGACGACAGUCCGGAAAUCACAUUCAAAGAUUUGGGUGUUGUGGAUGUGCUGUGUGAAGCUUGUGAGCAAAUAAAAUGGAAAACACCUUCCAAAAUUCAGCGGGAAGCCAUUCCACUUGCUCUGAAAGGCAAGGAUGUGAUUGGCCUGGCUGAGACGGGGUCGGGCAAGACCGGAGCGUUCGCCCUGCCCAUCCUCCAGGCGCUGCUGGAGAACCCACAGCGCUACUUCGCCCUGAUCCUCACCCCCACCAGGGAGCUGGCGUUCCAGAUAUCCGAGCAGUUUGAAGCACUCGGUGCGAGCAUUGGCGUGAAGUGUGCCGUGAUCGUGGGGGGCAUGGACAUGAUGUCCCAGGCCCUCAUGCUGGCCAAGAAGCCUCACAUCAUCAUAGCGACGCCGGGCCGGUUGGUCGACCACCUCGAGAACACCAAGGGCUUCAACCUUCGUGCUCUCAAGUUCCUGGUUAUGGACGAGGCCGACCGGAUCCUCAACAUGGACUUCGAGGUGGAGGUGGACAAGAUCCUGAAGGUGGUGCCCCGGGAGAGGCGCACGUUCCUCUUCUCAGCCACGAUGACCAAGAAGGUGCAGAAGCUGCAGCGGGCCUCGCUGAAGGACCCCGUCAAGGUGGAGGUGUCCACCAAGUACCAGACCGUCGAGAAGCUGCAGCAGUACUACGUCUUCAUACCGGUCAAGUUCAAGGAUGUGUACCUGGUGCACAUACUCAACGAGAUGGCGGGGAACUCUUUCAUGAUCUUCUGUGGGACAUGCAACAACACGAUGCGCACAGCUCUGCUCCUGAGGAGCCUCGGGCUAAUGGCCGUCCCUCUGCACGGCCAGAUGUCCCAGAACAAGCGCUUGGCUGCCCUCACCAAGUUCCGCGCUAAAGCACGUCCCAUACUCAUAUCCACGGAUGUGGCUAGCAGAGGACUGGACAUUCCUCACGUAGAUGUUGUGAUAAACUUCGACAUCCCCACUCACAGCAAGGACUACAUCCACAGGGUGGGAAGGACGGCUCGAGCUGGCCGUUCCGGCAAGGCCAUCACCUUUGUUACUCAGUACGACGUGGAGCUCUACCAGCGGAUAGAGCACCUCAUCGGCAAGCAGCUGCCGCUCUACAAGACGGAGGAGCAGGAAGUGAUGAUACUCCAGGAGCGCGUCGCAGAGGCUCAGCGGUCUGCUAAGAUGGAAAUGAAAGACCGCGAUGAGAAGAAACCAAAUGGGAAGCGCAAGAGCUCAAAUGCCGAUGACAAUGACGAUAUGGAGGACUCUCAGGGUGUCCGCAAGAGGCUCAAAGGAAAGAAGUCUGGUCAGAAACGAAGAAGGAAAUAAGCUUGUUUAAUUUUGUUAUUUCUAUGUUCAAGAUUGUUUGCGACUGAAAUUGUUUCAUGAUGGAAUGCUUGUUCAAGAAUGUAAAUAUUUUUAAUGCACACAUUUUGAUUAAGCAGUGCCUGAUUGAAUUGGUACCAUAAAGAAAAUAGAAAAUUU